AUGGCAUCGACAUACCAAAGCAAAUUUGCUGACUCCAUGAAAAUCCUCGCUGAACAGACGCUCAAGCACCGACUUUGGCUUAGUGAUCGUUGGACAGACAGUGGAGCCGGAAAGGGUCAGGAAGUCAAGCUGCUUGAAUAUGCUUGUGGCCCUGGCGUCAUCUCGAUGACGCUAGCACCAUUUUUGACCAAAGUCAUCGGCAUUGAUGUCUCUGAGCAAAUGGUGGCCGAAUUCAACCGCAAUGCCAGCACAGUUGGACUCAGUGACAAAAUGAUCGGCUACAAGGCCGACCUCCUCGCCGAGCCUGCUCCCGAAGAAUUCUCUGGACCUGAAUACACCGAUUUUGACAUGGUAGCCGUUAGCUUGGCUUUGCACCACUUCGAGCAUCCCGAUAUCGCGCUGCAACGGCUAGCAACCCGGUUGAAGAAGGGUGGUUCGUUCAUGAUCAUCGACUUGAUCCCCAGCUCUGGCCACGAUCAUCGACACGGUGAGGGUCACGAUCACGGCCAUGACCAUGCUAAGAAGCAAGGACACGACUUUGGCGAUGCGGCCCACACCGUCAAAACGCAUGGAUUCUCGCGGGACGAUAUGGAGAAGCUGUUCAAGGAUGCUGGAUUAAGUACUGGGUUUGAUUAUGAGCUGAUCCCUGAUCAGUUGAUUUUCAAGAAAGGAGAUAAGACUCACCGUAAGACCGUCUUCAUUGCCCGUGCUCAGCGCACUUGA